AGAGGAAGAGGAGGAACUGUGCACCAGUCAGGAGGGAGAGCAGCUUGUACUGAAGCAGGAGACUGAUACCUUGAUGUUGACUCCUACUAAUGAGGAAAGUGAACGAAGUGAAGCAGAAGCAAACAGUGACCACCAGCUCCUCUCUCACAACUCUAACUGUAAAACUGAGACAGAGCUCCGACAGCAACAUGUCUGUAAGGAGGAAGAGAUUCUCACAGACCAGCAGCUAUGUAAACAGGAGGAUCCAGAGCCUCCACAAAUUAAAGAGGAAGAGGAAGAACUCUGUACCAGUCAGGAGGGAGAGCAGCUUGUACUGAAGCAAGAGGUUGAUACCUUUAUAUUGAUUCCUACUAAUGAAGAAAAUGACCGAAGUGAACCAGAAGCAAACAGUGACCACCAGUUCCUAUCUCACAACACUCCUGCAGCUGAGAGUCAAGAUCAGAAAGGAAGCAAGGAUGUAGACCCAGAAUCAAAGAGUCACUGUAACACUCAGACUGGUAAAAACUCUUUCAAAUGUCACACUUGUGGAACAGUUUUUAAAAAUAAGUAUGAUUUGAAAAUACAUCAUAGACGCCACACAGGUGAGAGGCCAUAUUCUUGUAGCACCUGUGGGAAAAAAUUCAGUCGGACAUCAACAUUGAAAGAUCAUUUAAGAACUCACACAGGUGAGAGGCCAUAUUCUUGUGACACCUGUGGGAAAAAAUUUAGCCGAACAUCGAGACUGAAAAAUCAUCUAAGAACUCACACAGGUGAGAAGCCAUAUUUUUGUGAAACAUGUGGGAAAAGUCUCAGAUCAAGCAAAGGCCUGGUGGUCCACAUGAGAACCCACACAGGGGAGAAGCCUUACACCUGCAACACCUGUGGGAAAAAAUUUAGUAACAAGUCAGACUUGAGUAAACAUACAAGAACCCACACAGGUGAGAAGCCGUAUUCUUGUGAAACAUGUGGGAAAGAUUUCAGAACUUCUUACGAAUCCUUGGUACAUAUGAGAACCCACACAGGUGAGAAGCCGUACACCUGCAACACCUGUGGGAAAAAAUUUAGUAACAAGUCAGACUUGAGUAAGCAUACAAGAACCCACACAGGUGAGAAACCGUAUUCUUGUGAAACAUGUGGGAAAAAUUUCAGAACUUCUUCUGAAUCCAUGGUCCAUAUGAGAACCCACACAGGUGAAAAGCCAUACACAUGCAAAACCUGUGGGAAAAAAUUUACAAACAAGUCAGACUUGAGUAAACACACGAGAACCCACACAGGUGAGAAGCCAUAUCCUUGUACCACUUGUGGGGAAAAAUUCAGUCAGAUAUCAAUAUUGAAAAAUCAUUUAAGAACUCACACAAAUGAGAAGCCAUAUUUUUGCGAAACAUGUGGGAAAAGUCUCAGAUCAAGUAAAGGCCUGUUGAUCCACAUGAAAACUCACACAAGGGAGAAGCCGUACACCUGCACCACUUGUUGGAAAAAAUUUAGUAACAAGUCUACCUUGAGUAAGCAUACAAAAACACACAUAGACCAGAAGCUGUAUUUUUGUGAAACGUGUGGGAAAGGUUUCACUACUCGUACCCUCUUAUUGGUCCACAUGAGAACCCACACAGGUGAGAAGCCGUACCCCUGUGACAUCUGUGGGAAAAGGUUCAGUCAGAAGACAAACUUAGCAAGACAUGUAACAAUCCAUUCAAAUAAAAAGUAAUGUACUCACCGAACAUAUGGGGGAGCCUUCAGACAUGAAGAGAAAUGGAGAAAUGAGCUUGGAAAAAUCUUGGUGUUACAGUGGCUGCACAGUGUCUAAGAAUGUAAACGACUGAACUCUUUGAUAUUAUUAAUUUGAAUAUUUCCUUACUCUACCAUAGUUAUUUGAGUGGAUCAUAAGUCUGUACUAUCAGGUGAGAAACCCUCAAGUGCUGUUGUGUCACAUAUGUGGUCCUCUUUCUACUUACUUCAAAGUCUUUUUGUCUAGUGCAUGUCCCUUCAUUUUAUAUUUUUAAUAAUUUUGUGAUUGAAUCAGUUUGAUGUAAUUUGUAUUUUCUCAUCUUUUAGAGGUGACGCAAAAACACAAGUUGUAGAAGAUGAACUACAUU